AUGGGAGCAACAACAUCAAUACCUAACACAAUUAAUGUCAAUGAAAUCAUUUUCAAUACGGGUCUUUCAAAAAGACAAAUCUGUUCAUUAUGGACUCGCUUUUAUGAACUUGAUCGUGAUGCUCGUGGUGAUGCUAAAGGAUAUAAAGGAUAUUUAGAUGUCGAUGAUUUAGGUCGUGUGCGAAAAUUUGAUGAAAAUCCAAUCGCAUCACGAUUAAUAAAAGUUAUAUUUGAUGAUUUUGGCUCAAAUGGUAAAUUAACAUUUCCUCAAUUUGUUGAUUUUAUGAGUACAUUUGCUCAACGUAAACGAAUUGGACAUAAUCACGACCGUCGUUCAUCAAUUCAAACAACAACAACAACGACAAAAACUGAUCUUGAAUCCAUCAAAUAUUCGUCUGAUGAUUCAGAAAGAACACGAAAAAUAAAAUUUUUAUUUAGUAUGUAUGAUGUUGAUCGUAAUGGACGUUUAUCAAAAGAAGAUAUACAAGAAAUUCUAAAAAUGAUGGUUGGAAAAAUUAAUGAUGAUGAAGCAUCAAUUAUAGCUGAAAAAGUUAUUGGAGAAUUUACUGAAGAUCAACCUAAUACAACAGUAACACUUGAAAAUUUCGAAAAAACUCUUCAUACACUUGAUUUUAAUGAUAAAAUGAGUUUAAAAGUGUUAAAAUAA